AUUAAAUUAAUACAUAAUUAACAUAUAACGAUAUAUUAAAACAACUGAUUUAGAUAACUACGUACAUAUUUCCCGACAAUCGAUCGAAAGAGAUAUUUAAAGAUAAUUUUUGUACAGAAAGUGUAUAACAGUCGUAACAAUAUAAACGUUAGAAUGCUUUAUCGUUUCGAAAUCUAUAGUUACUUUAUCAAAUACGCGAAUUAAACGUGGUAUUAUCGUGCUAUUAACGUAGCAAAAGUAAAGUGAAUUAAAAAAAUGCUACUAUAAGAAUAUCUAAUGGUUGACAGAAAAAAUAGCAAUCGGUUACUGUACAAGUAUUUAUGCUAACACGAUCAUGGUUCGCGAAUGCAAACGAAUGCACCGAAAUCUGCUUCGAAAUGAUUUUCCACUAGCCGAUCAAAUCGAUCCCCGUUAACCUUGACAUUUUGCAUGGCACUCGCCAUGGAUUUAUUUUAGAAAGGUAGAAUACAACGUGCCACGAGAAACUCGCGAAACCAACAGGCUCGCUGGUUACUUUCCUUACACGUACAGAGAUAGGAUACAUUCGCCGUACGGUGUUCUAUAUUCUGCAUUCUACAGGAUGAACGCCAACAACAGCACGAGAAAGCUUUGUCUAUUGGCUAACGGCCAAUUACCAACGACUCGAAGGAAAGGGAAAUUUUUCAUAUUUACAUAUUUGAACGAAUAACGAUAAACGAUACGAGCAAAGUAUGUUAUUUGAAAGCAAACUGUUAAAACUUUUGUCUCGCCAUUUUAUCGAUUAUAGAUUAUAGAUAGAGCCUGUUCCUCGGUUAGUCCUAGUUGCGUGGGUCACCCUGUAUAUAGCCAUUGCAAACAGUCGAUACAUAGGUCGUUUCACGCUGAGAUUGAGACUUGGAGCAGACAGGAAGAAACAUGAAAUUUCUUAGGAGAACUUGAUCGAUUGAAACCUGGGACAAAAUUUCAGUGGUCGAAUGCUUGUAAAAGUCUUGUCCACACAAAGGAAACUCGUCGUUUGUCCGUACGGUACUUGGCUGAAGAUUGCUUCCAAAAAGACCAAACCUUCGGCAUCCGAGGUCUUAACAAGUUAUCUCCUGCAAACGAACGAGCCACCAUGGACUUCGUAUUUUGUCAAGUAUGCCGACGUUGUGAACGAUCAAAGAGGGAUGUCCCACUUCAAUUGGCCAGUAGGCAACAGUAAUUAUCAUGUACUUAGAACCGGCUGCUUUCCAUACAUCAAAUAUCACUGUACCAAGAGGCCACGACAGGACCUCAGCGCCGAGGACAAAUUUUUCAAGGCGAUCAAGCUUCUGAACCUUGGUAUACCUACAUUAAUGUAUGGACUGGCAGCAAUUUUAUUGAUCAGACACCGAGAAAUCGUGAAUACGUCCCAAGGAAACGUAGUGAUAUAUUUCUUACUGCCCGAGGACAAAGGUUCCAUGUACUGAUAUACACGUAGAUGUACACAUUGUAUUAAUUAAAGGUAAUUUUAUAUGAUGUAAAUAAAACGUCAAAUGAAAAGGCUAUAGAAUUUAA